GAAGCGCGCGGCAGCUCUUCUUUGACAGCAGACGCGCUGAACUCAAAGGGGGUUGAUUCACCACAGUCUGUGAUCCUUUUACAACUCAGAACGUUUGAGUUUGGGUCUUUGGAAGUGAAUACCACAACGACUCCUCAUCAGUCGCAGAGCUUUCAAUUUGGUAAAUCGUGAUGACCACAAUGAAUGUCAUACUGGACGAUGACAGGGAUUCCUGAGGAUAUUUAUCGCUCUGUGUUUUGCCAUCCUCGAUAUAUGUGGCUCAAUGUGAUAUGUGUUUCACAUGUUUGCGCACAACAGUGAGGUAGUUUGACUUUCGAGCUUUCUCGUGGACCGUUAAAUGCCCAGGAUCUAUACGGUGGAUGCGGCGGAAGGAAAGACAGCGGGAGCGAUUAAAAUAUGAAGUCUCUCAGUACUCGAAAGUGGAAUUCCAUCCGGAGCGUUUGGAUUAUUUACCCAGAGAUGAUUCUUGUUCCAAUUCUCUGGUUUCUAUCCCAAACUCGGGCGGCCCCGUCUAUUACAGCCGAGCAGAUGGAUAUGGGGGUGGACUGGCUGAGCAAAUUUGGCUAUCUCCCACCCCCUGAUCCUGUAAAUGGGCAGCUUCAGACUAAAGAAGCACUGACCAAGGCCAUCAAAGCCAUGCAGAGAUUUGGAGGCCUUGAAGAAACUGGAGUUCUAGACCAAGCAACCUUGGGUUUAAUGAAGACCCCACGCUGCUCGCUGCCAGACAUGUCAGAGCCAGAGAUGUCUACAGGCAGAAGAAAGCGAGCAUUGGCCCCUCAAACCAAAUGGAACAAGAGGCACCUUUCCUGGAGGGUACGGACGUUUCCAAAGGAGUCAGCUCUUCUGGGCCGGGACACAGUGCGGGCACUCAUGUACUACGCCUUGAAGGUGUGGAGUGACAUCACUCCACUCAACUUUCAUGAGGUGGCAGGCAACGAGGCAGACAUCCAGAUUGAUUUCACAAAAGCGGACCACAAUGAUGGCUACCCCUUUGAUGGACCUGGUGGCACUGUGGCCCACGCCUUUUUUCCCGGAGAGCGUUUCACAGCUGGUGACACACACUUUGAUGAUGAUGAAGCCUGGACAUUCAGGUCACCAGAUUCCCAUGGGAUGGAUCUGUUUGCAGUGGCAGUGCAUGAAUUCGGCCACGCCAUAGGGCUCGCUCACACAUCUGCCAUUGAGUCCAUUAUGCGGCCUUACUACCAGGGGCCAGUGGGCGACCCGCUCAAGUACAACCUCCCAUAUGAGGACAAAGUUCGUGUCUGGCAGCUUUACGGUGUUCGGGACUCAGUAUCGCACACAGCGCAGCCAGUUGACCCCUCUCAAACAGCCGAACCUCCUGUCCUGCUCGACCUACCAGAAAACAGAUCCACAGUCCCACCAGCCCGCGAUGCCCCUGACCGCUGCACUAGCCACUUUGAUGCUGUAGCUCAGAUUCGCGGGGAGGCCUUCUUUUUCAAAGGGAAGUAUUUCUGGCGUCUAACGCGUGAGAAGCACCUGGUGUCAUUAAGGCCAGCACAGAUUCAUCGUUUCUGGAGGGGUCUUCCUGUCAACCUGGACAGUGUGGAUGCUGUAUACGAGAGGCCUGGCGACCAUAAGAUAGUGUUCUUUAAAGGAGGGAAAUAUUGGGUGUUCAAGGACAAUAAUGUUGAGGAGGGCUACCCACGACCCGUCAGUGACUUUGGCUUGCCCAUGGAAGGGGUGGAUGCAGUAUUUGUCUGGCUGCACAACGAGAAGACCUACUUCUUCAAGGACAGCCGUUACUGGCGCUAUGACGACCACCUGCGACGCAUGGACCUCGGUUACCCGAAAGACACGGCGCUAUGGAAAGGAAUCCCACCUCAAUUAGAUGAUGCCAUGCGGUGGUCUGACAGUGCGUCAUAUUUCUUCAAGGGAAAGGAGUACUGGCGGGUGGCAGGUAGUGAUAUGGAGGUUGAAGCAGGUUAUCCACGACCCAUUGGCAAAGACUGGCUGGUGUGCUCAGAAAUGCAGUCGGACUCCCCGGAGAUGCAGAACAACUCAAACACAAGAUUUCAUGGGCAGCGCCACGCAGAUCAUGCAGAGAAUGGCUAUGAGGUGUGUUCCUGCACUUCGGACUCAGCCUCGCCGUUGGGGAUGCGACUCACCCUCUCGCCCGCCUGGGUGUUAGCACUGCUCUGGACACUCGCUCUCUCACUCUCCUCUGCUCCUCUAUGAUAAGGGCAGAGCCACAGGCCUGUACUCUAACAGACUCCAGGACAGGAACCUACAGCAGCCUGUGGAUGGAGAGGGCAAUGAGAGGCUCUUGAAAUCCUUUCACCAGCUGAUACUGAUGGAAAGUCCUCAGAACUUCAAUCAAUGAAGGGAUUGGCUUACAUUUUUUGUUUGUUUGAUGAUGUUCUUUUUUUAAAAACUGGAAAUGUUAUUAUUAUUAUUAUUAUUAUUAUUAUUAUUAGGGCUGUCAAUAGAAAAUAAUCACAUAUAUCAAUAUUUGAUCAGAAAGGCCCCCAAAGGAAGAUAUUGCAAAGAUAUUGCAUUGUUGCGGCAGACGAGUAAAGCAUUGAGAAGCCAAUACAAAACGUGGCUUUAUAAAUCAAUUUAUUUUUAGUUUUUUUUUUCCCAUAUCAUUAAACUUAAGUCAGUCACUAGCCUACAGUCCACAGCAAUUCAAUAAAAGUUUUACUGUGGAUGGACUUCUUUGGCCGGUGCAUCACGUCUCGCUCUGUUUUUUUUAACAUCGCAUGCCAUGAGCAUUGAUUUUUUUUUUUU